AUGUAUAGGUUCUGCAAGGCUGUGAUUGCUGCGUUUGGCCCUGAGUACUUGAGAGAGCCGACUGCUCAAGACACGGCCCGUUUGUUGGCGAUGGGUGCUAGCAGGGGCUUCCCAGGGAUGCUUGGCAACAUAGACUGCAUGCACUGGGAGUGGAAGAACUACCCUUCUGCUUGGCAAGGGCGGUAUAAGGGCCAUGUCAGGGUUUGCCCUGUCAUACUUGAGGCUGUGGCCUCACAAGAUCUUUGGAUCAGGCAAUCUUUCUUUGGCAAGGCCGGAUCGCACAAUGAUAUCAACGUGCUUCUAUGCUCGCCGGUCUUUGCAAGGCUUGCCAAAGGUAACAGCCCGCCAGUGAAUGUUACCAUCAACGGUCACAACUACGACAAAGGAUACUACCUAGGUGACGGUAUCUAUCCUCAAUGGACCAAUAUUGUGAGGACAAUCCCCAACCCUGUCCGAGAGAAGAGAAAAAGAUUUUCCCAAGAGCAAGAGAAUGCUAGGAAGGAUGUCGAGCAUGCCUUUGGUGUUCUGCAAUAUUGA